CCAUCACAGGGCCCUUCUGUUCCCUCUUCCUGUGUUACCGCCCUUGGUCGGACCGAGUGACAAGCCCUACACACACAGGAGUCGCCGUCGCCGCAGCUACUUGGAAGUCUGGUGCUAUUCGGAGUUUAACUCAGCGACGUGUCUUUUAACUCGGGUAGUCCCUCCUCGCUGAUCUGCAGCAGAAAGAGUGUGCAGGAACAGAGUGGCUGCAGUUUGCUGUUCGGUGUUGCCUAGCAAGCUAUAGCCACCAUGGCGCUGUCAUUUAAGAAGGACCUUGAGAAGUACAAGGAUAUCGACGAAGAUGAAAUCCUUAACAAGCUCUCAGAGGAGGAGCUCAAACAGCUGGAGACGGUCCUCGAGGAAGUGGACCCUGAGAAUGCUCUUCUUCCAGCCGGCUUACGGCAGAAAGAUCAGACCAACAAGACAGCCACUGGAACAUUCAACAGGGAAGGACUGCUGAAAUACCUGGAGAAGGAAGCCAUAGAGUACAAAGACAGAGACGAUAUCGUGCCCUUCACUGGGGAGAAAAAAGGAAAAGUAUUUGUUCCGAAGCAGAAACCAAAAGAAACAUGCCAGCAAGAAGUCACAACCCUUGACCCAGAGUUAGAAGAAGCUCUCUCCAGUGCCACAGAUACAGAACUUUGCGAUUUAGCAGCUAUUUUGGGUGUCCACACAUUGGUCACCAGUAAUCAGACAUAUGAUGGAACUGGAAGUAAAGAGGGCUACAACAAUGUGAUCAAAGGUGAAAAGAUGAACCCAGUGUUUGAUGAGCCUCCCAACCCCACUAAUGUAGAAGAAACGCUGCAGAGGAUAAAAAGCAACGACAGCUCCUUAAAAGAGGUCAACCUUAACAACAUCAAGAACAUUCCCAUUCCCACGCUGAAAGACUUUGCCAAAGCAAUGGAGAAGAACACACACAUCACAAAGUUCAGCCUGGCAGCAACACGGAGUAACGACCCAGUUGCUGUGGCGUUCAGUGACAUGCUGCGAGAAAACAAGACGCUGCGAAGUUUGAACCUGGAGUCCAAUUUCAUCACUGGAGCAGGAGUUCAAGCUUUGGUUGAAGCAUUGCGAGAUAAUGACACACUCACCGAGAUCAAGAUAGACAACCAGAGGCAGCAGCUGGGGACCACUGUAGAGAUGGAGAUAGCUAAGAUGCUGGAAGAGAACAGCAGCAUAGUGAAGUUCGGCUACCACUUCACUCAGCAGGGACCUCGGUCCAGGGCUGCUGCAGCAAUCACCAAGAACAAUGACCUCAUCCGCAGGAGACGAGUGGAGAGGGACCAGUAGAGACAGAGCGCUACCUUUCUCCGAGCCAAUUCUCCUGUUCAUCUCAUCACGUGGAAUAAUUUCAGCCAUUGCCCUGAUCUCAUCUCACUGUGUGGUGGUUUUAGUCCUGUGCCAAACUGUGGGGCAAGGCAUGCUCAUCCUGAACAAUUCAUCAGAGAAGAAGGGAAAUAACUGGAAAAGCCCUCUCCCUAUCCACGAUUAUGUUUGUUAUUGAUGUAAAUCUCAUUAGUUUUUAAACACGUCAUUUCAGCUGCUCUCAUUUUGAGCCCUUCUAUUACCUGUCCAGACUUUUUACAUUUCUUUCUUUUAUACGACGCCAUAAAACAUGUGAAGUUGUCAUGCACAGCACCAAGUAACAAACAACAACUUUGAGGAAAAUCCGAAACCAACAUUUGGAGACUCGUGUGGUCCGUUCUGUUUUGCAGCGGAGAUCAAAGCUUCAUGUUGAAAUAACGUCAGUGGCAGAAUUUGUCUGAACUUCAUGCUUUCUUCUGAUGACUCUUGGCUAAUGAAGCAGGACAGCAUGAAGCUGCACAUGCCCUGUGGUUUGCAGGUGUUUAUUAAAAGCUUCUUGUAAAGCUGGCAGGACUGGAUCUAGUGUGUUGUAAUAGUUGGUUUGAGCUUAUUCACUGAAGUGUGUUAAAAUCACAUAGAUAACCUCGGUUUAUCCCCUUGUGUAAAAUAUAUACUGUAAUUAUUACUUGUUUACUGUUCUAAUCUAGUUUUGACAUAGCUGCAAUUUUAAUGUUAAUUAUUUUGAUCAAAAAGAACAAUAACUUGGUCAAAAUGUUUAGAUUCAAGUGAAAGUGGGCUUAUUUUGCAAAAGAGUAAAAAGAUGCCAGUAGAAAGAUGCCAGUUAGAAAAGAUUUUGUGCUUAAACAUGCCAAAGACUAACACACACACCGCAGAAGACUCAACAGUGAACCCCAUGGUUUUAACUUUACAGCGAAGCAAUUCUAUUUCCCCCUUUUCUUUUGAUCUUUUAUAGCAAAUAUAUGUUUAUUUUACUGAGACGUAAGGUUUGUCUGAAACUUGCUUCUCAGGUUCCAGCUUCUUGUAAAAUGUUUCUUUAAGCUAAAUCUCACAGAUUAAAGUUUUAAUUUGAACCUUUCCUUCUUUCCAACACAAACGGUCACUCUGAUGUUCAGCUGUAGAGCCGAGUCGGGAAUUCAGGUGCAUGAAAUCAAACGUCCUCAGUUCCACUAACCUGCUUCAGAUCCUUAACCAGGACUUACUUGAACCUUGUAUAUACUGUUUAUAGGAACUAUAUGCUGGCAUGACGUCCUCACUUGUAAACAUCAAAUCUCUGUUAACCAAAACGUUUCACAUUCCUUAGGAAAUAAUUGUACUCUGUUUUUUUUAUAUAUCUGUGCACAUUUUCCAUGUCCACAUCUGCUAGUACUUCCUCCUCACUGGUUGUCCACCAGAAAACAAAGGAAUGUAAAAACAGUCACCUAAAGUGAAAAAACAUUUUUUUUUUUUCCCUUUACUUGGGCUUGUUAGUAUUUCGUAGCUCAUAACAUGUAUAUUAACUGCAAAAUGCCAUCUCAAAUUGAAAGUAUGCACACAUAUACUUGAUACUUGUGUAUCACAACCACAAAUCACUGCUGAGAUUUCUUUUUUUUUUUGUUUGUUUUGUUUUUUACCUGAACUCCACAUCCAGAGGUUAACACAAAUAAUGUGUAUUAUUAUAAAAAAGGAACACAAGUAAGGUUAAAAAGCACUGCUGAAUAUAAAAUAUAUUCAACAAUAAAUGUUUAUAUAUA